CUUAUUGAUUUAUAAAACAAUUAAGCUCAGAAUCAACAACAAAUUUUUGCAAAUUAUCUCUCUUCUUAAGCAUGGAAACAUGAUAUCAUAUAUCCUAUUAUUAUACUAUAUAAUAUUAAAUAUUAAAGUCUGUAAGAGUAUUUCAUUCAACACACACUUCUAAUAUUAAUAUUCAAAUCUCAUAACAAGUAUUGAAAUAAAAUAUAUAGAGAACAAACCAUUUAUUAAAUUUUGGAAUGUAUAAGAUCUCAUAUAGCAGAUAGAGAUACAUUAACUUCUCAAGUAUAUAAAAAAAUGCAAAAUGACAAGAAACACAUAUAUUACAGUAUUAAUACCAAAAAAGUAUUAAAAAAGCAGGAAAAAAUAGUUCUAACGAAUUCUACACAAUUUUGUUCUGAAUUUGUUUAAGAAUUAAAUCCGCGUUGGUACUUUAGAAUUCAGAAUGCAUCAUCGAAAAUAAAAACGGAGCUUCACGUUCAAAAAGACGUGCGUGCGCAACACUGACGCGCGCCGUUGUGUCUUCGGAGCAGCUGGAGUGAAGGUAAACCUCGCUCGUGGCCGUCGAGAGACGAAGUGGGGUAAGGGAGGCACGUUGCAGCGAGGAACAGGAAUGUCAUGGCGGCGGACGUUGGUAGGGGUAGGUAGGCAAGCAGUAGGUAGGUAGCCAGCCAGCCGCGGGACGGGAGGCACUGGCGGUCAGACCAGGUAUGGCGAAGUGAGGACGACACGCGUCACGAUGAGCUGAGUAAAUCACGGAUGAACGCUUCGAGGAACGAUCGAUUGGCCGCGCGGACGCGGCGGCAACUCAGCGGCUUUCCCUUCGACGGCGAAGAGGCGAGAGAGCGUGUUCGCAAAUGCGAACGUGAGGAGAAGACCCGCGCGCGUUGCAUCGGCGUCAUGCAUCCGUGCAGAUUCGUGCUGCUGCUGCUGUUGCUUGUCAUCGGCUGGGAGGUGAGAAGCGUGCUGGCUAAUGCGGAAACGCGACCCGUCCCCGCCGGCGUGACGGUGAGCAUUGGAAAAUGUUGCGAGCCCGAAGAGCUGCUGGUGGACGACCGAUGCACGCCCGUGGCGGAGACCAACGAGACCAAGUGGCGACCGGAAUUCGCGAGGGAGCAUCAACGAGGCGUAGCGGUCCCGAGGAGGACGGGAGGAUACAUCGAGCCCAGAUACGAGCUGAAGAUCGGACGGCCCAGAUGCGACUCCGACGAGCACCAGUGGCACGUGUACUACUAUCCGUCCGGGCCGGAUCGGCUGGCGAUCCUGCCGACCGGAGUGUUGCGUCACUACAUCGUCAAUCUGAACAGUGGUAUGGACGAGAAACGCGGCGUCUACGGCGUCCCGAUGUCAAACUUCGAUGACGACGACGACGACGACGAGGAUCGUGCCGCCAUACACCACGACUAUCCGUUCGGGCACUACUGUGCCGACAAGGUAGUGCUCAGUGGGGAUCGGUUGGUGGCGACGUAUGCCAUGCUCUGCGUGCCGGAUGUUGCUGUGCGCUGGACCGACACCAACUACCUGAUGAAGCACGCGAUCGAUCCCGCCUUCCAUGCGGUGUCGAUGGCCUGCUAUCUGAUCGUCGCGGUGGUCUAUUUCGUGCUACCGCAGUUGCGCGACCUCGCCGGCAACAUCAUCACCAGUAUGUCUCUUUGCCUCAUGGUCAACCAGUGCGCCUCCACCGUCAGGAUAUUCACCGAGUUCGGCAAUCACAUCAGCUUUAUAGUCGCCGACGCGGUCAUGUACAUUUUCCUGAUGGCCGCCUUCUUCUGGCUCAGCGCCCUGGGCUACUACGUAUGGAACACAUUUAGGUCGCGGAAUGUUUUCCUGCGGGUGACCGACGGCAGGAAGUACUGCUACUACUCAUCCUGGGUCUGGUGCCUGACGAUCUGCAUAGCCGGCACGGCUAUCUUCGCGCACUUCGCCCUCGAGACGAACAAGCCCACCGUGGGCGGCACGACCUAUCCCGGCCAGGAGACCUUGGGUUGGCUCGGGCUCUCCGUGUUGUUCAUGUGCAUCGCGUUCACCCUCAUAAUCGACUUGUGCAUGAUACUGACCACCGCGAACAGGAUCAAGCGGAUGAGCACGUACGGCCGUAUUCAUCACAAGAUGAAGUACAGUUUCCGGAUGUUCGUCUUUCUCUACGCGAUCAUGAGCGCCGGCUGGAUUUCGCUGCUGCUCUCGCAGUUCAAGUACGCUCCCCUGAUGUACUGCCACAUUGUCGUGAAUCUGCUGCAGGCGCUGCUCAUCCUGUACGUGUGCGUGUUCGGCCAGCGCAGAGUCACGUUCCUGCUCGGGAAAACGUGCAACUGCUGCGAUGCCGGUGACAACACCGAAGGCCUCGACUGGGGCGAGGAGAUGACAGCCAUCAACGCGGGUUAUUAAAGUGCGCUUAUCCUUUACGAGCGCGUAAUCUGUAUUCGGAUCGUGAUCGAGCGAUGACGAUACCGCGUUUAAAUCACGAUUGGUACAGCUCAUCGCUCGCGGAACACGUGGGAAGCAUGCCGUACAAACGUUGAAGUGCAAGUAUAUUCGAGUUGAGAAUAUACUGUUCAUACGUCACACGAUCGCAAUCUCAGAGUCAUAGCGUAUAAACGUGUAUACCUAUCGCGCACGAAUUUUACCAGAUGUAUAUCAUAGAUUAUAUGCGCAUACAUAUUGAAACCAAAAGAUAUUCUUUACAUAUUAGAGUGUGAAAAAUACGUAAAUGUGUCUCUAUUCCAGAAGGAAACAGUAUUAUACGCAUGAUAAUGCGUUAUUUUAUAUAAGUAAACGCAAAACACGUGUAAGAACAAAAAAUACGUAAGAAAGAAUACACAUAUCGUCGAAGACAAUAUCGAAAAUAUAGAAAAAUGUGGCAAUAUAAUUGUAAAUAAUGAUGCAAUAAUCAAAUUAAUGUGCAAAUUAAAUAUCGAGCGAAAUCGAGAGAAAGUCGACGAGACACUCAAACAUCUUACAAGUUUAAAAAAGUUCUGUAAGAUAUAAUAUCAUAUAUAAAAUAAUAUAUUUGCAUAUUUUUCGAUUAGAGAGUGCCCAAGUCGAUGCAACAAGCGAUGGCACUGGUAAAAUUGUGUACGUCUUUCGUAUUUCACAGUUUCGGUGAUUAUGCGUGCCUUAAAACGAAAUCAAAAUCUCUUGCCUUCUAAAAACGUACGCUUAUCAAGACAUUUUUAUCACCUUACACAAUUUUGUGACAUGUCUAGCAUCUUGCAUUUAUCCAUGUUCAUGACAUAUCAUGCCACAAGUGUACUGACUUAGAUUUUAAUCUAAAUAUAAAAUCAAUAAUCAUAUUAUGCAAUAUCGUUUUUUAUUAAAAUUGCAUUUGCCAGUGAGCGUGUUGCACAGUAUGAUUAAAAUAUGUGUCACCGAGUCUCAAAUGAUCUUGUAAUGAUCUUUUAUAAUUUUAAUGGUGUUUAGUAUGGUGUUUAGUAUUUAUAUCUAUGUAUAGUAAAUCGAUUUUUUGUACGAGAGAGAUAUUAGAUUCGAUAAAUGAAUAUUCGAGUCGA